AUGGACCGCGAGGAGCUGACGUACCUGGGCGUGCUGCUGGGCUCCAUCCCCGUGGGCUUCGUGCUCAAGGGGCGCGGCCCGCGCUGGCGGCAGUUUGGGGGGGCGGUGCUGGGGGCGGGGCUGGCUCUGCUCACCUGCGGCCCUCACCUGCUGCACUCGCUGGCCACCGCCCUCGGCACCUGGGCCAUCCUCGCCCUCCUGCCCAGGCACUCGGGGGGGGCCGCCCUGGCCUGGAGCUUCGGGUACCUCCUGUUCUUCCGCACGCCCCGGCUCUGGGGGCUGCCCGAGCCGCCGGCCUUCGCCAACGCCCUGCAGCUCCUCACCACCCUCAAGAUGGUCAGCCUGGCCUGUGACGUGCAGGAGCUGCGGGAGGCGGGGCUUAAGGGGGUGACGUCAGAGGAGACGCAGCUGAUGAUUGGCUCGCUGCGGCGGGUGCCGAGCUUGAUUGACAUCCUGUGCUACACCUACUGCUACCUGGGGCUGCUGACAGGCCCGUUUUACCGCCUGGGCACUCACCUGGACUGGGUGUGGUCCCGCUCCCCUCCCCCGUCGCUGCGCCGGGCGCUGCUGCACCUGCGCUGGGUGCCGGCGCUGGGCGCGGCGUGCGCGCAGGUGAGCGGGGCGUGGCCGGCGCGGGCGGCGCUGGAGCCGGGGUUCGGCGCGCGGGCGUGGCCGCGCCGGCUGGCGCUGAUGGUGCCGGUGUUCCUGGCGCUGCGGCUGCGCCUGUACGUGGGCUGGCUGUGCGCCGAGGCCGGCUGUAUCGCCGCGGGGCUCGGAGCCUACCCCAGGUGCGCCAACGCCCGCCCCGGCCGCGGGCCCACCGCCAGCUGGGAGUGGCCAGACAGGUGCGCUGACAUCCCCGAGGAUCAGUGGGAUUUCGAGACGAUCCGCACGGUGGAUCCGUGCGCUGACAUCCCCGAGGAUCAGUGGGAUUUCGAGACGAUCCGCACGGUGGAUCCGUGGGGGACGGAGCUGGGCCGGCGGUUCCGGGGGGGGCUGCGGCGCUGGAACAUGACGGUGCAGUGGUGGCUGGCGGCCUACGUGCACCGCAGGGGACCCCGGCAGCACCCCCUGAUCCGGAACGCGUGGACCAUGCUGGCCUCAGCUUACUGGCACGGGCUGCACGGCGGGCAGUACCUGUCCUUCCUCACCGUGCCGCUGUGGCUGGCGGCCGAGGCGGCGGCCGAGGCGGCCCUGGAGGAACAUUUCGGGGUUCCCCUGGAGGAGCUGAGGGGCUGGAAGGGUUCCCUGCUCAGGGGAGGGCAGUGGUUCCUCAAGAUGAGGGCGUUCGAGUACCUGAGCAUGGGUUUCGUGCUGCGGGAGGCCGAGGCCACGCUGCGCUUUUGGGCCUCGGUGCAUUUCUGCCUCCAUCUUGUGCCCCUGCUCAUCCUGGGGGCGGCCACGGCCCUGAGGGGAAAAAGGGAGAGUGGGGAUCCCCUGAAUCCCAGAAUUCAGGAGGGUGGGGAUCCCCUGAAUCCCAAAGUUCACGAGGGUGGGGAUCCCCCGAAUCCCAGAAUUCAGGAGGAAUGGGACGCCCUGAAUCCCAAAGUUCACGAGGGUGGGGAUCCCCCGAAUCCCAGAAUUCAGGAGGAAUGGGACGCCCUGAACCCCAAAUCCCAGGAGCUGAGGAAGAGGAUGAACCCCAACAGCCCGAGCUUAGGGGGACCCCAAAAUCUGGGGUGA